AUGAUCUUUGAUUCUCCAGUGACUAAGUCCCUCAUCGCCUUCCUUCCUGCCUCUUCAUCUCUCAUGUUAUCCCUUAUCUCUGUCCUAAAGGUGAAACUCACCAACUACAUGCUCUCCCUCCUGGAUAGCACUGCCGAAUAUGAGGAUUACGAGGUCUGGGGGCAAGGGUUCGCCAAACAGGUGGCUGUUUUUGACUGUUCAGCAUGUGGGCAAGACAUGCCUGAACUCGCUGACUUUAUCACCAAGGCCAAAUGUGGUCUCGAUCCGAUGGCUACUAACAACUGGCUGCAGGCAGCACAUGUUGUAUUGCAACAUCAACAAGCAGCCGAGGAACAGGCCCUAGUGGAGAAGAGGGAGUGUGUUGCCAUCACCGAAUGGGAGGCUGCCAAAGCUGAGGCAACACGGGCUGCUGUGGCUCAGAAGUCAGCUAAAGUACAAUGCCGGACAAGCAAAGUCAACAAUUUUGCUAACUCCCCAGGCAGAAUUUUUUGGGACAAACUGAGUUCAGAUUUGGACUCAGGGAAGAAAAAGGAGUCAAAAAAUGCCCUUUAUGGAAGUUUCCAUGGUAAAAUAGGGGUGGCCAAUUUCUUGGGCAAAAAAAAACAAAAUGUAAUUAGGCCUAAAAUGGCACCAAAGUCAAUCUGA